AUGACAGUACACUUCCUCUUUUGUCGACAGGGUCACCGAGGUAUCACCUGCUUCAUCGUGGACAGAGACACCGAGGGGCUUCAGAUCGGCAAGAAGGAGAACAAACUGGGUCUGAGAGCUUCUUCAACCUGUCCUCUCAACCUGGACAACAUCAAGGUUCCCGAGAAGAACGUCUUGGGUCAGAUCGGCCACGGAUACAAGUACGCCAUCGGCAUGCUGAACGAAGGCAGGAUUGGGAUCGCCGCUCAGAUGCUGGGGCUGGCUCAGGGUUGCUUCGACCAGGCCGUUCCCUACACCAGACAGAGGGUUCAGUUUGGCAAACGCAUCUUCGACUUCCAGGCCAUGCAGCACCAGAUCGCUCAUGUAGCCACCCAGAUAGAGGCUGCCAGGCUGCUUACCUACAACGCUGCCCGGCUGAAGGAGGCAGGACGACCUUUCAUCAAGGAGGCCUGCAUGGCCAAGUACUUCACCUCAGAGGUGGCAACGUUGACCACUUCAAAAUGCAUCGAGUGGAUGGGAGGGGUAGGCUUCACCAAAGACUACCCUGUUGAGAAGUACUACAGAGAUUGUAAAAUAG